UGCAUAUGAAAUUUCCUCAGAUUACUCCUGUUCUUCCGAAGUAACUACUAACUAGACUUUUAAACAAUAACGCGGAUGAGGGUCAAGUAGCGUAUACGAAGUUACUAAUCAUUUACAUGGAAAACUGACAGAAAACCAACAUAUAAAACAAGUAACUCGGUCUACAAGUACAUAAACCGAAAAAAGAAGUCCAAGACUUGUUCAGAGACCUUGAAUAUUUCACCUUCCAUUAUUUGCUUGAUACUUCCGGUCCAUAGAACCAACUCUUGAGGUCUCACAGCAUUGUCUUGCUCUGUUCAGACUUCAGACUUCUGCAGCAACCACAUAACAUGGCAGAUAGAGAACUUGCAAGCCACUGGAUAUACCAAAGGGAGGGAUUUAUAAGAGCAGACUACCCAACUCACUGCAGUUAUGGACCAGUAAACCUUGAAGACCCUUUCAAAUGGCAAGGUGUUAUCAUGGGGCCUCCAGGUUCUCCUUAUGAAGAUGGUGUCUUCUAUCUUUCCAUUGAUCUACCUGACAACUAUCCAACAAGGCCUCCCAUCAUCAAAUUCUUAACUAAGGUUUAUCAUCCAAACAUUGAUAAUGAUGGCAAUAUUUACAUGGACAUUUUAGAAGAAGAUCAAUGGAACCCAAUCCAGAAUAUUGAGAGCCUUUUGCUCUCCAUAUGCUCACUUCUUGAUGAUCCGAAUCCAGUGGACCCUCUCAAUCCAAGCAGCAAUCUCUUCAAGACAAACAUACAGGAAUUCAUCAAAAUGGCGAGAGAAUGGACUAAGAACUAUGCUAGUGAUGUGUGCAUUUACUCUUUUAAUCCCAAAGAAUGUGUGUAAAUGGCUUCCCUUUCCUUUUAUUGACAUCUCAUCACAGACAUGGUCCCUUAGACCAUAGAUUAGUUAAAUCUUAGAGAGCACACUAAAUGAUAUGUUUGCUACUUGAAAGAAAGAAAGGUUUAUCAAAUGUUUUCUUUCACCUGAAUCUGAACUCUAACACAA